ACCAUGCCCUUCGUCUACCCUUUUCCGACCGUUUGAACCCAGCUCCCUCUCCACUCAAUCACCCCAUUCAUAACCCCAAAAUCUCAAUGAAAUCUGAAUCAGAAUCGAUCGAUUUCUCAUCUUGAUUUUUAAUUUCACGAUCUACCCAGAUCCGUAGUUUUCUUGAAAAUCCAGACAUCUUCUUCUGCUGAUUUGAGUUUCUUGAUUGAGAUUUACAGUACAAUGGCGGCUCUAGCUCCUGGGGUUUUGUUGAAGCUAUUGGAUGGGAUGAAAUCCGGGGUGAAGCCGACGAGCGAGCACCGGAGCUCCCUGUUGCAGGUGACGGACAUAGUUCCGGCGGAUCUCGACGAGAAGGAUCUGUGGCCGAAACACGGGUUUUAUAUAAAGGUCUCCGAUUCUUCUCACUCCAUCUACGUCAGCCUUCCCUUCGAGCAAGACGAUCUGGUUCUCAGCAACAAAAUGCAGCUCGGGCAGUUCAUAUAUGUUGACCGGCUCGAGAAUGGGUCUCCGGUCCCGGUCGUGAAAGGGGCAAAGCCGUUGCCGGGGAGACACCCACUGUUGGGGACGCCGGAGCCGCUGAUGGGGUUGAGGGAGAAAGGGGAGAAAAGACCGAACCCCAGUUUCUCUGCCCCCAGAAGGGGUUCUUGGGGGCAAGUUGGGAAAUCGCCACAGGUUCUGAAACCAUUGCCGCUGGAUUUCGAUCAGUGCACGCCUAUAAAGGAGAGAUCUAAAUGUUCACGCGCCGGCGAGUCUCCGGCUGUCACUCGGGGAAGGGCCGGGAAGGAGGGAGGUUGCUUGAGGUCGUCUGUGGCGGUGGUUGGCGGCGGCGGAGGAGGGUUGGUGUCCAAAUUUGCGGAGGUCAAGGGGGAAAUCAGCAGCAGCCCUGGUUUGGUUAGGAAGAGCUUCACAGCCACACCUAUGGUGACGGCAGCAGCGGCGGCCGCCAUGAAAUUUGGCCGGAGCAGAAGCGUGAACAACCGCAUUGGAUCAAGAAUCUCCUCCAAUAGCAGCCCCUUACCCUCAGCUGAAAACAAGAAUAUGUCUCCACCUGCAAAUACAAGGAAAGAAAAGAAGGCAUCAGAUUCUCCCAAAGCUUCAAAAACAUUAAAGACACAGCAACCUCAGUGCAUUGAUUCCCCUGCAGACAACAACACUUCUCUGCACAUGAAUCUUCCUGGAAAGUUAACCCUUUUGGGCAAGGAAGCUGUACAGCAGAGGGAGAAGGCGCAGAAGGUUGCCCUUCAAGCUUUAAGGGAAGCCACGGCAGCAGACAACCUAGUCCGGUCUUUGAAGACGUUUUCCAACUUGAGCAGAACUGCUAGAGAAGAAUCCCCAGCACCCGCAUUCGACCGGUUUCUUGAGUUCUACCAAGAGCUUCUUCAAGCCAUGGCGGAAACCGCAUCGGUUCAGGCUGCAACACAAGAACCCAAACACCCUUCUGCGCCAGUUCUGCAGGAAAUACCAAUGGAAGAUGAAGAAGAGCAGAGGAGGAGGAGGAAUUCUGCCUCCACUUCUUCAUCAUCUUCAUCAAAGGGGAGAACCGCCACCGCGCUGUACAAAUCAAUCGCCUCCUUCCCAGAAACGAGGAGCCACAAGCCUGAGAACGACGAGAACAAGAAACCCAUCAAUGGGGGACAAGCAGCAGCGGCGUUGUCAAGCACGAUCAAGCUGGGGAAAAGGAUAGAAGACGAGGCGGGGGAUUGGUUCAUGGGAUUUCUUGAGAGGGCGCUGGAGAAAGGGAUGAAGAACCCCAAAGUGCCACAGUCACUUCUGCUGAAAGUGAUCAACUGGGUUGAGGUUGAACAAUGCGAUGCCAGUAAGAGGCAGGUUCAUGUUCGGGCCACGAAGAUCGCCAGGAAGUUGAGGAUUAAGGUGAAGAACCCUUGAAGGUGGAAUCAAAGAACCAUUUUUUUAUAUUAGUUUUAUGAAUCUAUAGAAUUUGGGGUUCUGUUAAUUGAGUGAUUUGGUUCAUAUACAUUGUUGUUAUGCAUACACACUGCUGGGCUUGUUGGUUUAGGAAUAAUAUGUAGCCUUUGUU